AGCCUUUAAAUGACCGUACUUUAACUGACUCUACUCACACAGUAACAUGAGAAUCACAAUAGUGAAAGAACUGAAUGAAUGGGUGAUGUUGCGUUAUUGUUUUGUUACUGUAAACAUUGCAUGAUCAUAUAGAAUACAUUAGAACAGAGUCGGCUGGCAGAUCCAUUUAAAAUAUUUCUUUUGAAGUACUGCAGUCACUUCAUGUUUUUGUAAUGGUUUACAUGGCAAGCUCAGAGCUUUACUAUACAAAUACUGUAAAAUUAUAUCUGCUUUUAAUUUUUCCAUUUUUGUUUUGGAAUAUAAACAUGAAUUCUAGUUAUAUUCACUUUUUAGGAGUCAUAUUUUUGCUAAUUAUUGCUCAUCUUUUCAAUACCCUUUUGCUUUCUUUGUCACUGUGGGGAGAGGGGGGUUCAUUAUUGCUCACUGCUUGAUAUUAUUAAAAGCUCCAUUAUCAUUUUAUUUAUACUGGUGAUUUAUAGUGCUGCUGCUAUACAAACAUUUUUACUAUCUAGAGGAAUCAACAGUUUGUCUAGACAGGCGGUGUAAUGAAAUAUAUCGGAAACAUCAAAAAGUAGUCUGAAUAUAGUAUGGUAUAAAAUUGUAAUAUAUGGCUACAAUUAAUAACUGUCUAUUUGCCUUACUCAAUCCUUAUGAUCAAGUUAAAUGAUCUUGCAAUAGAAAUAUGAUACAAAGCUGAGAUGUUCCAGGAUCCUGAUCCUGCAUGUGUUACUAAAUAUUUACUCAACCUCAAGUAGUUCCAAAUAACCAGCAGAACAAAGAAAUUCAUAUAGUUUUGUAACUACUUGAGGGUGAGUGAAUGACAGAAUUUUCAUUUUUGGGUGAACUAGCCCUUUAAGUACACACUUAAGUGUCAAUUGUAUUAAAAAAAAAAAAAACAGAAAUUUUUCCAACCACCAUGAAUUUACUAAUUGAAGAAAAUCUCUAACAUGAGUAGAAAUUGUUUUAAACAGAUACUGCAUGUCAAAUGAUGGAAAUACUUUGUACAGUGCAAUAAGACAAAACACAUUUCAACUGAGAAAAACCAUAACCAAUGUGUCCUCUUCUACAGACAUUAGCUGGCCUACUCUCUUUAGUGCACUGUGUCAGCAUGUUUCUCCCCAGGCUCUGACUGUGUCACAGUACUGUUGGAGAUUAGACUGACAGGGCCUUAAUCCCAUAGAGCUCCUCAGUUCCCCCUGCCAGGCCCCAGCACUGUGCCAGGCCUGUACCCAACGGCCACACAAAGGGAUGCAAGGUGGAGAAAAAACAGAAAUGGUACACCACCCAAAGUGUCACGCUGCGGUUUAACACGGUGGACAGUGGCAGGCCACACAGGCCCUUGCUGAAGUCAGAGAUGUUGAGCCAGGAUGACCCCAAAUCACGGCCAAUGCUAGAACUACGAGAGAAACUCCAGCCAGAGGUGACCGAGCUGAUUAAAAGGCAGAGGUUGAACCGCCUGUGUGAAGGGACUUGCUUUAGGAAGAUCAGCGCUCGUCGCAGACAAGACAAGUUCUGGUACUGCCGUCUAUCACCAAACCACAAAGUGUUACACUAUGGAGACAUAGAGGAGUUCUCACAAGGACAAAUAUCACAUGACUCUCUCCAGGAGAAAGUGACAGUAGCAGAUAUCAAAGCAGUGGUAACAGGUAAAGACUGCCCACACAUGAGGGAGAAAGGAGCAGUUAAGAAUAAGGAGCUGCUGGAGCUGGCUUUUUCCAUUCUCCAUAACUCUGAUGAAUAUCUAAACUUCAUUGCUCCAGACAAACAUGAGUACUGCAUUUGGACUGAUGGCUUGAAUGCUCUUUUGGGAAAAGAGAUGACAAGUGAGCUCACAAAAUCAGAUAUGGACACUCUGGUAACUAUGGAGCUGAAACUUCGCCUCUUGGACCUUGAAAACAUUCAGAUUCCUGAUGUUCCUCCCCCUGUUCCCAAAGAGCCCAGCACUUACGACUUUGUUUACGACUUUACCCAGCAGCACACUUGAGACUGGAAUAAAGUCCUUACUCAAGCUGGUAAUCAGCUGUAAGGAAGGAGUGCUCACAUUUUUGCUAUCCCCGUUUCCUCUCUUUCCCAUUAUAUGGACGGAAUCAUGUUCAGAUCAUACGUUUUCCUCUAGAUUGUGACUAUGAUGUGAUGCUUUAGUUUUCUAUUCCCUUUAAAUGCCUUUUCAUGACUUCUGCAAAGAGAAAAACUCAGUAACAUUUCUUGUCAUCAGUUUUAAUGAACACUCGACUUGGUAUCAUUCACAUUUAUGUGCAAGUACAUAUCUACAUAAAACACUGAGAAUGGAUUUGUUUCACAAUCAUAUAAAAUAAAAUUCGGAAGCUACGUUAAGUCAUGAACACAUACAAAUCACUCAAAGGACAGUUACAUUAUUGUGCUAGUCAUUAGACAUUUUCCAGAGAAAUCAAGUCAACUAAAUCACACUGAACAUUAAUGUUAAAAGACUGUUUCCAAUAUAUUGGUUCACAUUUGGCUUCUACAUUUAAAAUUCUCACACACACACACACACACACACACUAAGCUAGAAUCAUUAUAGUAGCAGGUGUUUUGAAAACAGAUUAUUUUAGCUUUUAUAUAAAAAGGCCUUUGAUUUGCUAAGUUGGACACAUUUUUUUCUUACAAAACAUGUGAUGUGCUUUCCUGUUACCCAAUAUACAGUUUGCAUUAAAAUAAAUUGAGUUGUUUAAUCAUUA